CGUAUUACACACACGUAAAACGGACACAGUCGUCCGUCCUGUCGGCCGCGUAUUGGUCGGUGGCGCGCGUGCAACCAUCCCGGAGUGGGAGCUGCCGCACAACUGGUUUCACCUCGUCGGGUGGUGAGCUUUUCGCGCGGCCGACGACGACGUCAUCGUGGUCGAAUCUUCGUUGCCAAGGCAACGUCGCCGCCGCUGUGCGCAUUAUUGUUAUUACCAUUACUAUAGUCACUACACACACAAUAUUAUAAUAAUAUCUAAUAUAAAAAUAUAAUGUAUUAUAUUUCGAUCGCCACUCGGCCGGAGUAGGAGGUGUUGUGUUCGCACGAUUGGUCGCGUAGAUACGGCUCGUUUUACUAUCCACUAUUAUUAUUAUUAUUAUUAUUUAAUCGCCGUCUUUCGCCUCGGUCUACUGUCUCGGUCGUCCUCGUCGCACUGCACAUAAUAGGGUUGUAAUAAGAUUAACCAUAACCUAUAUAGGUACGUACUCCCUUCGUCGUCCGCCACGAUUUCGAUUGUCUUGGCGACACCGCCGCACCUGGUAUGAUCGUCAACCACCGCUGUAGUACCGGAUCCGCGUGGAAGGAAGCCGUCGGGCGGUUGCGGCAGAUCGAGAGGGACGAUCGGGCGUUUGUGCGAGACGCCCCGAACACCGACAGAAACCUGGUGCGCGCCACGGCAGCAAGGCUGUACGUUAGAUAUAUGGUGACUAGUAACGAACUAACGGCAUGCCAUAACAACAUUAUACAACCACAGUUACGGAUUUUUAUAAAAAAAUUAUUAAUGUGCACUUUUGGACGUAUACUUGAACUCAAACAAAUUCUUAUUGGUGAAGACUUCUCAAUAUACACACCAAUAAUUGAAGAAUUGAAUAAUAUGAAAAUAACCUAUGACCAGUUUGAAUUAAGUAUACCUCGAUGUUUCCGAAAUGAGAGACUAUCAUUUUUAAACGAUAUGGACAAUAAGAUAGAUGAAAUAAAUAACCGUAUUUUAAUAGAAAAAAACAAUAACUUAUUAAGCGAAAUAAAAAACGAAAGUAUUGAAAUAGACGAUGUAAAGCGGUCUAGCACUAGUCAAUUGAUCAGUCAUGAAUCAUCCGAAUCCUAUUUCGAUGUAGAUAAAUUCGUUUUUGAUACACAACCUGUAAUUACAUUUGAAAAAAUUACAAGUGCAGAUAAUUCAAGAGAAUUGUCUAUAAAACUCAUUCAAAAACAUAUCAGAGCAGUAAGAGAUCGUGUGGCUGUCAAUGAAUUAAUAUUUGCUAGAAUAACUAGAAGCAAUAUAAUUUCCGGGAAGUAUAAACAGCCUAGCAAAGAGAAAGGCCAGGAAGCGGCAGUUAAGAUUCAACGAUUUUGGAGACAUUAUCGAAUAAUGACAAUAGUUAAUGCUAGGAAACUAAAACGACACAUUCAACUUGGUAUGUUUAUGACUAGUGAAAAACUGAAUUUCGAUAUUAAUCGUGAACUAGAGGAUACAAUUCGAAUACAACAAACUGAAGCAGAUAUAGAGUAUCGUAAAAUUAUAAGUAAAUUGGAAGACAAUUUUAUCCAACGCAACAAAUAUGAAAUAAUAGAAGAAAUCGAAGAUGAGCUUAGGGCAUACGUGUGGACAUAUUUUGAAAUGUGUCAUCAUUUACCGUCUUGGCCGAAUUCAAAACCUAUCAUGUUCUCUGACGAUGAUGAUAAAAUUAUUGGAUUACCCCCGAUAGUUUUAUCGCCAGCUAUCUUAAAACAGUUAAAUAUACCGAAUGUACAUUAUAAGUCAGCAUUAAAACAACGAUUACCACUUGGAGGUUCAGCUAUUAUUCAAACAGGAAGGUGGAUGACUAUAAAAAUGGCUGAAAUACUUGCAAUGUUAAUUAUAGAAUUUGAAAAUAAACCAGCAAAAGAGAGAAAUGUUCUAAUCAAACAACUGGCAGAAAAAAAUAAAAUUGAAAAAGCAAAAAAUGUUGAAACCGCAAAACUUAAGGAAAGGUUAUUAGCAGCAAUUAAAAUUGUGGGCAUUGUUUUGGAAUCAAGUGAGUUAACGGAAUGGUUUAAAGAAACGUUUAAUGAAUAUGAUAGUAAUUGGGCGUUAGAUAGUGGAAUCGAAAAUGAACCUAGGGAAGAUCUAAUAAAAUCUGAAAUUUAUUCAAAGGCUCAAGUGGAACUUAGAACUAUAGUUGAUGAAACCAUUAAGGAAGAAUUAAAUAUUCUAAAAAUGGCAUAUGCCCAGGAUUUGAGUAAAAUCGUUAUUAAAAUAUUUUAUACAUUUAAAAUGUUAGUUUUUAAUAUGCACUAUAUAAACUGAUUACAGAAAAGAAAUAUAAAAAACCAAAAAUAAAAAGCAAAAAAAUAAAAAAAGGUCGAAAAAAAAAAAUAUUAACACCAGAUCCAAAUGAAAUCUUUGAAGAGUUGGUUAAAAACAAUUUAAUUAAAAAGUCAGUAACCUCUAGAUUUAUAGAUUUUCAAGGAGAAGUAUCAUUCAGCGCUAGUGUAUUAAGAGAAAAACCAUAUUAUUCUGAUCCACCAUAUUGCUUAGGUGAUAUACGUCAAGUAAGUUAACUUAACUUGACUGGAUUUCUCUCCAGAAAUUAUAUAUAUUUUUUUGUUACUUAUAUACUUUUUUUUAUCAUUAUUAAUUAAAGAGCUUUAUUAGUUACACAAUCAUAUUAUUAUAUACCAUGUAACACACUAAUAGUGGCCAAUGACCAAUGCAGUAGAGGGCUUGUAUUUAAAAUAAAAAAAAAAUUAUAGUAUAAUUUAUAGCUUAACAAUUAAGUACCUAUAAAUAGUAAAUACAAUAGAUAUUUAUUUAUAAUCAUUCAAUUUCAAUUAUUUGAUCAUACUAUGAUCAUCAUACUAAUAGGUAUACCUAAUAUUAAUAAUAAUA